GUUUGUGCCACUGGCACUCGGAAGUCACUUCAGGCAGUUGUUCGCAGCCGCCCCUUCGUCCUGACAGUGGCCUUUAUCAUCACAGCCAAUGCGGUCUACAUGGGAAUAGAAGUGGAUGCAAAUCCAGGAGUAGUGCAGGAUGGGCAAAGAGUGGAUCAGUCAGGAUGGGCAGCUGUGGAGGUGGACAAUAUCGUGACCAUCAUUUUGAGGAAUGCUACGGAGCUGGGUAGCUUUUCAUAUCUACGUUUGCUGCGGCUCAUCAGGGUGAUUCGCGUUUUCAGGCUCCUGCGUGUGCUGGGCGGGCUUUGGAAACUUGUCCGUGGCAUUUUGAAUGCGGCAUGGACGCUGGUUUGGACGUGGGUGCUGUUGGCCAUUGUCAUCUACAUUUUCAGCAUUGUCUCGACACGCUUGAUCGGUCAGGCAGCAGACCCAGGCACUUGCAGCCACUCUGUUUUUCUUCUCUUAGAUAGGAGCAUGCUAACUCUUUUUCAAGCGACCACCACGGAGGGCUGGGCAGACAUCGCCAGAGAGGUGAUGAAGACUCAGCCUUGGUCUGCCGGUUUCUUCAUUUUGUACCUUCACGUCACCACCUUUGCCAUUCUCAAUGUGAUGAUUGCGGUCAUUGUGGAAAGCACAUUGGAUGAGGCUGACCAGAGCAAGUUGAAGUCAGCAGAGAAACGGCUUGAAGACCUUCGGAAAGCCUACGAGAAGAUUUACAAGGUCUUUCUAGACGGUGAUUGUGAUCAAGAUGGGGUUCUCACCAAAGACGAGUUUCUUCAACAGAUCGAGCAGCCCAAAGUGUCCAAGUAUUUUGAGGAGAUCGGUAUAGACCCGAAUGAAGCAGAAUACCUCUUCACAAUUCUGGACUACGACGGCAGUGGUUGCCUUGAUGCCUCAGAGUUUGUUGGAGGACUCUUGAAGGUGAUAGGGACCGCCAAAGCCAAAGACAUUAUGGCAGUCCAUUGCGAAUUGCGCCGCUCCGAAAAGGAGGGUCACCGGCAAAUAGCGAUGCUAGAGCAGAGCAUAGAUCGCCGCAUGGAGCUUGUUGAGACAGGUGUUGACACCCUGCGAGAUGAAGUCCAUGCACUUGCUUUGGCAAUUGGUGUAUCACUAGAAACUCGCACAGGCCCAAGUUGCUAUGAGUUUUGGGUGCUUUCCCGUUUGGCAUGUCAUGAGCUUGACCAAGGUCCUGCAUGA